GCGCCACUCAGUGACUCAGGCCGUCUGCAAGUCUCUUUAGAUCCAAGCGCUAGUCGCAGUAGGGGUGACUUGGCACUGACCGUCCUUCGUCAAUUUGUAAGUAUCGAAUUUUCGGAUUUCAAUAAGCACGUUAUCAUAGGCACUGUCGUGGAUGGGGAAUUUGGUCUUUGACUUUGUCUCGUGCAAUUGACGUCUGCUUGGUCGUGGAAAGCUGCCAUAUGCAUUGUGCAUUACACGAGGCCCACAGACAUUGGACUCCUCGAUGGACUUGGAAGAACUACCACAAAACAUUCAAACCUGUUAUGAUAUUAUUUGUCACACCAAUAAGAAGCUGGAGCUGGAGCUGGAGAUGGUUGGACGAGAGGAUUAUGACAAGGACCUGGGUUUCAGAAAAUGGAAGGCAGAGGCAAAGAAACUCGGUAAUAGUAAACCCCAGUUGAGGAAGCUUGCAUUCAUCGGAAGGACUGGAGUUGGCAAGAGCACUGCCAUUAACGCGAUAUUAGGCGCGCCCGUAUUAUUAACGCGAGCUGACGUGACAUGCACAUCUGUUCAGACGGAAGUAAUCUACGAAGCAUUACCUCCAUCAGCCUGGAAAGCGAGCAUCAAAUUCAUUGGGAAGGAUGAGUGGAAAAAUACUCUAUCAAACAUGCUGGACGACCUAGAGGUAUACAGGCAUGGUACUACUCACGAUGAUAGCGGGCCUGCGAUGGAUGCAUGGGAGACAUUGAAAGAGGAAAGUCCCGAUUGUUUUUUCUGUACUAUUACCUGGGUGCUGAUGAUGCUGCGGGUACAGGUGUAUCCUCACCUUCGCGCCAUAUCAUUCCCCCCGCCUCAUCAAGACAUAAAUGUGCUUCUUGAGCAGGAGGUUGUAGGAUCUAAGCUCGGAACUGAGGAGCAGAUGCAUGGUGCAGGCUUUGAUAAUAUAGAAUUACAACUUCGACCAUAUUUGACUUCGUACACAAACAUUGUAGAGGGGGAGACACCGAAAUCAUCUGUCUGGCAUCUAGUAGACAGUGUUUGUAUCUAUGGAGCAUUCGACGUACUUGCAUCCCAUGCAGUUUCGCUCGUAGAUGUGCCUGGUUUUGGAGAUGCGAAUAAAACAAGAACCAAGCGGACCGAGGAAUACCUCAAAACCGCUGAGGUUGUUGUAUUAGUUGCGGAUAUAAAACGAGCAGCUGAUGACCAGGUCAUGCGCGACUAUCUUGCGAAAUUCUUACGAAAGAUGAUCCGAAUAGACGGAAGCAUGGAAUCACUUCUGAUAAUCCUUACCGGGACAGACGUACGAAUCAAUGAGGAUCAGCUGCAUUAUCUUGAUGCAAAGCAACGCCAUGUGAUCGAGGAAAUGUGUCAGGCGAUUGACAGACUAAACAACAGCCUAGAAAAGCUCGAGAAUAGUUCCACUGACUGGAAAACUAUUGCUACAAUGCCUGAUGAUGUGGCUAUUUACAAGGAGUUUAUAGAGCGGCAACAGAGGAAAGAGGAGAUAACUAGUCAAUUGCGAACAGAGCAAGCUGCAAAGAACACAUACAUCGCACAUCAACGAUCGGCUCGCGUACGAGAGGCCUUUCUCCAGCUCUACCGUCAAGUAUACUACAACAUUAGUAAACAGGACACUGCCAAUGAACCCCCUCCACUACCCGUUUUUUGUGUUGGGAGCACAGAUUUCAACCAACUUUUGGGAGCGGAUGAACGAUACAGAGCUCCUUUAGUGUUUACCGAUCCCAAAGAUACUGGUAUCCCGCAAUUGUGUCGGCAUAUCCACGACUUUGGUCGUAGGAAUACGUUUUCAGAUAUUGAUGCAUUUGUCCAUAGGUGUACAGUGUUACAUAAAGAAACCAACAGUUUCUUUUUUCGUUUAAAGCGAGAUCCGAAGCUCACAGCCUAUGAGGAUGCAGCAAGAGGCCUGGUGGAACGUCUCAAGGAUACUGUACACAUGACGCGGCAAACUUCAGAAGACAAGAUCUACGAAUACAUGAACGAACUGGAGCAGGUUCUCCAAGUUGAAGCCAAGAAUGCCGCCGAGCACAGUCUCGACAUCAUUGAGACACUCGGCAGCAACUACCGAUAUCAGACCUACCGCGCUAUCAUGAGCAGAGAGGGUGAAUGGCGAUCAACCGAUCUAAACGAGGACCUCGUGGAUGGCAUGUUGGAGGGGACUGUAUCAAGUGUAUGGCACAAUUUUUUCAAUGAUUUCUUGAAAUCAGAACUGGAGUCACUCAUUGUGGCGAUUCAUGAUCACUGUGAUGUGGCUAUCCAAUCAAUUAAGGACGGAGCGAAACGCAAACCGAAAGAAAAAAUCGCAAUGCGCAUUGAAAAAGAAUGCAACGGCAUCCUUCCACUGCAUAUGUUGAAACCUGCACACAUGGACUAUCUAUUGGGUAUUCACAUGAUGCAAAGAAAAUUUGGUGGGACAUUCAAGGGACUUCUCCGCGAUGAGCUUGAGGCGCAUUACCGUGACGUUGCACGUGAGUCUGGCCCAGGAAUGUUCCGGCGAAUGAAGGAUAUGAAUGAGAAGGAGUUCAGUCCACGGAAUGCUCGACAGCUCUAUGCGGGACUCGUUGAUGAAGUCAUGUCGGCUAUCCGCACAGCAAUAACUAACGGAGAAGAAGCACUCGACACAGCACUCACCCGGUUAUAUUCGCACCUCGAGCGCUCUUUCGUCUACAUUCAGAAAGAUGAUAUAAUGAGCAAGGAUACACGAAAGAAGAUGCGGAUAUUCCUUGAGGAAGAGUACAAAAAACCACUGGCAGAGUUGACAACCAUCAUAGAUAGGUGUAAAGAGCGCAACACAACUCCGGUAGACUCGGAGGUGACGACUAUCACAGAUCAGGGUGUGUCCAUGGUACAGUGAAGUUCGGAAAAUGGUUGUCCUUCUCAAGACUUGGAAUUUACCUUCCUCAUGUAUUAUUACUGUAACCUUUGCUUGCAGUCAAGUUUCAACUCAACUGGGCCAUAUGCUAUAUACACGUAUUCCGUUCCUGCAACAAGCAUUCUAUAUCGCUCAUAUUAGCAUAACUACCGACUUGGUGCAAUCACGAGCUGGAGAAAAAGCUUUUCACGCAGUUUUU